CCUCCCCAGCUGAAGAUGUCUAACAAUGGAGUUGAAGCAGAAGACAAACCACCUGCUCCUCCGAUGAGAAAUACCAGCACUAUGAUUGGAUCAGGAAGCAAAGAUGCUGGGACUUUGAAUCAUGGCUCCAAACCUUUGCCUCCCAACCCAGAGGAAAAGAAAAGGAAGGACCGAUUUUACCGAUCUAUUUUACCAGGAGAUAAAACCAAUAAAAAGAAAGAGAAGGAGCGGCCUGAGAUCUCCCUCCCUUCAGACUUUGAGCACACGAUUCAUGUGGGGUUUGAUGCAGUCACAGGAGAAUUCACAGGAAUGCCAGAGCAAUGGGCACGUUUACUGCAGACUUCCAACAUCACCAAGUCAGAGCAGAAGAAGAACCCCCAGGCAGUGCUGGAUGUGUUGGAGUUUUACAACUCCAAGAAGAUCUCCAACAGCCAAAAGUACAUGAGUUUCACAGAUAAAUCAGCUGAGGAUUACAAUUCAUCCAAUACAUUGAAUGUGAAAGCUGUCUCUGAGACCCCUGCAGUGCCCUCAGUGUCUGAAGAUGAAGAUGAUGAAGAUGAUGCAGCUCCACCCCCCGUGAUAGCUCCGCGACCUGAGCACACAAAAUCUAUCUACACCCGCUCUGUGAUAGACCCUCUUCCUCCUCCUACCAGAGAUGUGGCGACCUCUCCUAUUUCUUCUCCCUCAGAGAACAGCACAACAGCACCUGACAUGCUUGUCAGGAACACAGAGAAGCAAAAGAAAAAGCCAAAAAUGUCAGAUGAGGAGAUCUUGGAAAAAUUAAGAAGUAUUGUGAGUGUGGGUGACCCCAAAAAGAAGUACACGUGUUUUGAGAAGAUUGGACAAGGAGCCUCAGGUACAGUUUAUACAGCAAUGGAUAUAGCUACAGGACAGGAGGUUGCAAUCAAACAGAUGAAUUUGCAGCAGCAGCCCAAAAAAGAACUGAUUAUUAAUGAAAUCCUUGUGAUGAGGGAAAACAAAAACCCCAACAUUGUCAACUACUUGGACAGUUACCUCGUGGGAGAAGAGCUCUGGGUGGUGAUGGAGUACUUGGCAGGAGGUUCCCUGACAGAUGUUGUGACAGAGACCUGCAUGGACGAGGGACAAAUCGCAGCCGUGUGUCGAGAGUGUCUUCAAGCUCUGGAAUUCCUCCAUUCAAACCAAGUUAUUCACAGAGACAUCAAGAGUGACAACAUCCUGCUGGGAAUGGAUGGCUCUGUCAAAUUAACUGACUUCGGCUUCUGUGCCCAGAUCACUCCUGAGCAGAGCAAACGCAGCACCAUGGUGGGGACCCCGUACUGGAUGGCGCCAGAAGUGGUGACGCGGAAGGCGUACGGGCCCAAAGUGGACAUCUGGUCUCUGGGGAUAAUGGCUAUCGAGAUGAUCGAGGGAGAGCCCCCCUACCUCAAUGAGAACCCCCUGAGAGCCCUGUAUCUCAUUGCUACUAACGGGACACCAGAACUGCAGAACCCAGAGAAGCUUUCGACCAUAUUCCGGGACUUCUUAAAUCGCUGCCUGGAAAUGGAUGUGGAGAAGAGAGGUUCUGCAAAGGAGCUGCUGCAGCACCAGUUCCUGAAAAUCGCGAAACCUCUGUCUAGUCUCACUCCUCUGAUCAUUGCAGCUAAAGAAGCAGCCAAGAACAACCAUUAA